AUGCCUUUGAAAACGCUCGCUGUAGCAGCUGGUGAAAGCUUGCAGUCGCCCUCAUUCCAACAGCCGCAUAGUAUACGAUCACCUCAUAACGAUGCGCGUCGUUUCCACCCUCCAAAAGAAACCUUGGCAACCGAUCAACCCAUCCGCGUUGUGCAUGAAGAAGAGGACUUUUAUACGUCGUUGGAGAAGCAUUCGGCAUUGUACCGCAUCGUGUUGGAUCGGCCUUUGAGAAGUGGUGUUCCUCUUGGAGAAUGGGUCAGACUUGAUUUGCAACUGGUCAACGAAUAUGGUCUUGUUUUGAGAAGGGAGCGAGCACGCAACUGCAAUGUAUCCUUGCAAGUCAAACUGUUAGCCCAGUCGAAUGGAUAUGCAUUACGUGAUGCUAGUCAUUAUUAUCAACUUGAUGUGCGACCUGUCCAAUUUGAUAAUUGGGAUACCCACAGUGAUGAUUCUACUACUACACCAUCAAUCCACACCACCACCUAUGCUACAGGCAGCAACAGCAGCUUCAGUGACAGCAGCAGCAGCAGCAGCAGUGCAUCUUUAUGUUCAACCCCAGAUGAUGAUACCUCCUUUAUCUUCACGCCUCAUAUACUUGGUUUCCAAUCCAGCGGCAAGGGAAGCCUCGAAUUCCGUAUCACCGGCAACAGUCAGUAUACGACAAAAACAAAAUAUUUCUUGUACAUUGCUCCUACAACGACAACAACAAGAGAGGGAGAUGGCAAUACGAUUCAAGCAUUGCCUUCGGUGGUAGGACCUGUACAACUCGUUCCUCAGGAACAACAACAUCAUCAUCCAACUUUGCAGGAUCGCAUGAUACUCAGUGGUGUGGAUACUGAAGCCCUCAAUCGUGUUCAUCGUGUUUAUGAUGUCAGCCAUCUCGUUGCUUUGGAUCAUCGCUUUCCAUCAUUGCAUCACAAGGUCUUUGUUGUCAAGGAGAAUUGGAAAAUGGCAACAUGGGGGAAGGCGUGGGAUGCUGCUCUUGUCCUAUCAGAUACGUUGGCCAAGCGGGUGGUGAAUGAUCCACAUUGUCUUUCUGGAAAACAUAUCAUUGAUAUCAGCGCUGGAACGGGAUGUGCUGGGCUAUUGCUUGCAUUCUUACUACGUCAUAUGCAUAACAACAAGUACAAUACCAAGAUCACGCUUACGGAUCUACCUGAUGCACUUCAACUUAUCAAAGACAAUCAUCAAUUGAAUCUCGGCGGUGGUGGUCGUCGUGACAAGAAUGUACAUAUUGAACAACUACGUUGGGGCUCUGCUUCAGAUGCAAAAACGGUGCUACGCAAAGGCAAGGCGGAUAUCAUUUUGGCUUCUGAUGUACUCUAUGAAACAUCGUGUUUUCCUUCGUUGGUGCAAUCUCUGGUCCAAUUGUGUACGCCUGGCAAAACGGUUAUUUAUUUGGGGUACAAGCGACGUGGUCUUAAGGAACAUGAGGAACGCAUCUUCUUUGACAAGGCUGCCGAACGUUUUCAUAUUGAACUUGUUGGCAAGGAGGGUGAUCAAAUCGACUAUGUGGAACCUGUACCAUGGGAAAAGGAGUAUGGCGUUUUGACAAAAAGUGCGGCACCGGCAAGCAAGAAUGGAUGGAUUAGUCGCCUUGCACACUCUGAUGAAGAUGAUGAUUUUUAUUCGACAAUGAUACCAUCGUUUGGUUCUCUGGAUAAGGCCAAUGUAAAGAUAUACCGCAUGGUGCUAAAGCGACGUUUGCAUUAG